AAUUCCUACGAAAGGCAAUUCGCCCUGCAAGGAUUAAAGUAUCGCGAACACUUGGCACGUAAAGAACUACAAUCUAGUCCGUCCUGACACGGUUGCAAAGAGUGUUAGAAAGAAUAAGAAACAGGGUAGAAAAUUUAAGGAUCCAAAGAAAAAAUCUGAACCAGGCUUUGUUUUAUUUUUAAAUCCGGUACAGGUUGGCCUUUGAAUGUUUUCCUAGAUGCAGAUAAAUUUUGCUGGUAGUACCACGAAAAACUAGGCUUCAAAAGUAUUAUGCAAAUGUUGUGUCUCUACUUUCUAAAUUAUAUUAAUUGAGAAUCAAGUUCAUAUCUUCGAUGGAGUAAGUUUAUAGGGCUAUCAUAGAAUUUAGAAAAGUGCAACUCGCAUUGGAAGACUUUACAACCGAAAUUGGAACAGUUGUAAGGCAAUCAACCCCACGAAAGCAGAAAGUGUGAAGGUUCUACAUAUAUAAUAUAUAAGCAGUGCAAACCAGAUUCUAUAAGUAGUGUGAACCGGACUUUGCUAUUCACAUCGCCGUGAAAAAAAAAAUCCUGGAAAUUUACAAAACGGGAUAUAUGUGCCGUGUAAAAAAGUGCUAGCCAACAAACAAAUCAAAGAUUUUUAAGAGGUCGGCCAUAAAACUAGGUUUUACUGAGACACUCAAACAUCCCCCGGUCUCGAAGUGCACAUUGCCAUUUCAAAGAUAAACAUAGACAGCACCACCGACAAAAUGAAGAAACGUGACACCGAUUUAUGACUCGUAAAAAACAGAUCGGGAGGCUGUAAAAUAAAGGUGACGACCCGUUGUCUACCGGCUGCUUCGACCGUCACAACAUACAGCCUAUCACCACCGAUUGUAGCACCCCUCCACACGCCGGUACCGACCAACAAAACUGCUGUCACGUUCGAGCUAGGAACGGAAAGCGGAACCACAACCAACAGUAAGCCCCAUAACCAAACACACAUCCUGUCUGAAACUGCCACCCCAAACGAUUAUCGUAUACAUCCGGAAAACAGUAGCAACCAUCACCAUAACUCAAUCAAGGACUCUGGUAUUGAUAUCAACGUCACGAAUCCAGUUACAACGGCCACCGUGGACCACCAAAGGACAGAUUACGUUAGAAACAAAUCAACAACACGCAGUUGGCCGGUAAUACACCGGAACAACUCGUGUCGAUACCAGCUACAUCCGUCGACUCAUAACCAUCGGCGGCAACAAUCACACCAGUAUUACCAAUAUGAUUAUGACGCCCUAACCAACGCAAAUUGUUCAUCCAAUGAUACCAACAACAACAUCAGCUACAACUCGAACGAAGAUUAUCUAGGCAGUAGCAGUUACGAUAAAUCUCCGAGCAUUGACAGCUAUUAUUAUCCUCAUUACAAGCCUAGUAUGCAACAGUCGACCACAACAAUGACCACAGCCGCUGGACAAGGAGCAACUACCAUCACUUCUACUGCACAUCAGACUCAACCCAACACGACUUGCUGCAUGAUGCCACCACCGGUUAUGUUCCUCUUUUUCACCCUGCUGAUGACAUCCAGUGCUACCGCUAUGCUUUGUGCCGCCAUUAUGACCGACCAUUGGGAACACGUGUCCUGGAACCGGGAACAGCUCGAUAGACUAAGCAACAAGUCCUCGAUUGAGCUGCAAUGGUAUCUCGAUGGCCGGGCAGCCAAGUUCUCAGUAUCCGAUGUACACCGAAAGACACAGGAUGGUAGAAGUAAAGAAUUGGAACUACCAAGACGAUACGGAGCGAAAAGCAACAAACCUGCCUUCGAUAACCGAGCAAAUGUAUUUCUGGUGCCAAUGAACGGAGGUAUUUGGACGCUGUGCGUCGAUCUGACACCGGAUGAGAUACGAUCGAUGUCGAGCGAUGGCUUCCCGCAGGUCGAUCAAUGCGUCAACUAUCUCGCCGACAAUACCGACAGCGCCACUAAUAAUGAAGAAAAUACCCGAGCUGAAUGGCAACACAGUGAGUUCCAGCCCUCAUUACAUCCGCAUUUAAGAAUGCAAAACCUAUCGAUCUCGUGCUCACUGGUGUGCCUUAUUAUACUGGGCAGUGCUGCUCUGGUAGGAGCCUUCGGAGUAUGUCAACGGCAAAUUAGUGCUGUGUUGGUCACUGGAGUGAUGUACCUGUUGGCCGCUUUGUUCGCGCUCUUCACGUUGAUGAUAAUACAUUUCAAGCGCCAGCAAGGACGCCCGCUGACCGAGAUCGACUAUGGCGUUUCCAUCGAUGGGGUGGUUGCCGUUAAACCCGACUUCUUAUAUGCACAACCGCUACUGGACGCUCGAGUCAUCGUGACCGCUUGGAGCCUGGACUUGGGCUGGGGUGGCGUUGUUCUUUGCGCCUUCACGUCGUUCCUUUGGAUAUUGCUGUCCAAGAUCAUGAGAUUUAAUCCACUCUCGGCGAUGAUUUGAUUAGUUAAAUUCAAGUUCAACAAAGUUGCUGUUUACAAUGUGACAUGAAAUGGUUUGCGGUGCUAUUUGCGUUGUUAAAAUAUUGCUAAUCAAACAUUGCCACAAGCAUACUCUUCACACUGUACUGAUUUGACCUAUAGGUUAGAGCACCAGCAUAGCGCGUCCAUUUAAUUAGGACAAAUCUAUUCAAUUUACUACACAAGUUGAUAUUAAAAACGCCCAUUUUACAAAUCCACCUUCUAGAUGUAGAACUAAUAGCUUUUCAUCAGUUUCGCAUUUGAAGCAUAAACAACAGAACCAAAAGACUUUUACAGACGAAAGGCAUUUUGAAAAAUAAACAUGAGAUUUAUAUGAAAAGUUUCUUUCGCUAUACACCAACAAACUCAAGCUUUUUGAACGCUAUUAUUAUUAGGUGAGCUAUACAUCGGACGUUUUGAAAUGAGCUCUUUACGCCAUUGAAAUAAGUAGAAUCCGAAUCAACAAAAAGCAAAACACGACUUUGCAAUGCUUUCAUUGCUAGACAUUUUUAUUCAUACAGUUUGCUCUCCCUUCUAUCUAUAGGAUAAAAUGAUGAUGUUAGAGAAUCAUAAUCAAGCGUUGAACAAAACACAUCAAACAAAUAAGUUACAACUCUGAAUGUAACAAUACUCAUCGACAUUCUGCAUCAAAUUUCAUAUAAUUGCUUUGCCUUAAAAUCCAGAUGCAUUAGAAUUCAAACUAUAUACAAAUAAACAACAUUAACUACCAGAA